AUGGAUUACGAUCACAGCCUGGUGACAGGGGACUACUUUGACUACAACGAGACUUCCACCAGAGGCUACAAGCUCAUUGAGCGCUGCGAAGCCAGCGAGCAACAGCUGACCAUCAAGGUCUUCCAGACCUGUGUCUUCCUCCUGGUUUUUCUCCUGGGCCUACUCGGCAACUCCCUGGUCAUCGCCACCUUUGUUCUCUACCGCCGCAUGCGUCUCCGCUCCAUGACUGACAUCUUCCUCUUCCAGCUGGCCAUUGCCGACCUCCUCCUACUCCUUACCCUGCCCAUCCAGGCUGGGGACACCCUCCUGGGCCACUGGGCCUUCGGCGAUGCCCUGUGCAAGGCAACGCAUGCUAGCUACGCUGUCAACACCUACAGCGGGCUGCUGCUGUUAGCCUGCAUUAGCGUAGACCGCUACAUGGUGGUGGCUCGAACCCAGGAGGUGCUGAGGCUACGUAGCCGCAUGCUAACAGGUGGCAAGGUGGCCUCGCUGGGCGUGUGGCUAACCGCCCUGCUCCUUAGCCUGCCCGAGAUCCUCUUCUCCGGGGUGGAAAGAGAACAGGAGGGGGAGGCGCACUGCGGCAUGAACGUGUGGGUGGAGGAGAGCUGGCGGGUCAAGACGGCCACCCGCUGCGCCCAGAUUGCCGGCUUCUGCCUGCCCUUCCUUGUCAUGGUAGCCUGCUACUCGCUGAUUGGCCGAGUGCUGUGUGAAGGGCGGGGACGGGGGGGCUGGCGGCGCCAGCGGACCCUGAGGCUGAUGGUGGUGCUGGUGGCCGUCUUCCUGCUCUUCCAGCUGCCCUACACCGUGGUGCUCUCCCUCAAGGUGGCAGGGCCAGGGGCUGCCAGUCAGACCUGCGAUCAGUGGGCUGCCACACUGCUGAGGGAGUACGUGACUUGCACCCUGGCAUAUACACGCUGCUGUCUCAACCCCCUCCUCUAUGCCCUGGUGGGUGUCCGCUUCAGGAGCGACGUUCUGAAGCUGCUCCACGGCGUUAGCUGCCUGUGCUGGGCCGUGUCUGGGCCUCAUCUGGAGAGCUGUACCUCGGGGUCACCCUCCUCCCUGGGCUUAACCACCCUCUCCCCCCUGCCGCCCACCUCACCUCUGCUCCUACCCCCCGACACCCUGCCACACAGCGUCAAAUAUCAGCCUCCAACUGCAAGCCACCCCUUUGGUCCGACCAAGGUGUUUCUCUUCCCUAGUAGGCCUACCCUGCCCUCAAAUGGCCUGCUUCAGUCCACUGUCUCCAAAACCAAACCGGUCUAA